AUGCAGCCACAACCUCACGAGCCCCUCCAACACCGCCAUAUCUCCUCUGCUCAUUCGAGACAUCCCACCUCCUCCUCUUCCAUCGGAGCUCCCGGCUCUUCUCAGACCAUCGAUUCACAGCAGCAGCAGCAACAGCAAGAUGAAGCGUCGGCUUCGCUUCAAAGGCGUCCGUCCUAUCGCCAUGACUUGACGGGUGCUCCAGGUACUUCUACGGCACCAGCAGCAAAUCAGCUGACCAAGCUCGACGGAGUCAUUUACCACUUUUACACCACCACCGCCAAUCUCAUUAUACAGUCUCGUCUCGCUCACCUGCGCUCCUUCCUCCUCACCGCUCCCUUCGACGGUGCUCCUCCCACUUCCUCAGUACCCGGCUCAUCUUCAAGUACCAGGCUAUCGCGAUGGUUUGGGCUUCAUAUUCCGGACUCGGAUCUGUUCAAGGACGAACUCCGGCUAUGGCGUUCCGUCACAUCCUUGCUAGGACUCGAUGCGAACAGUAUGGAUCUAGCGGCGUCCCCGCCAGCCAUUCCAGAUCUCGUCAUCGAUGUCAUGCUCGACGUCUCUGCUGUCUCGGAUCGUCACCACAUCGUGCUCGACACCUCUUCCCACCCCUCUGCCACCUCGAAUCGACGCAUCUGCAUCGACGGUCGUCGGCCAGGCGAUCCCACGCCCUCUUCAACCGCUGAACGUCCUCAGAGAAUUGUUCUGGAGCAAUGGCGAUUGCAUUUCGAUCCUACUCAAUCUGCAACGCCCCCAGACCUGUCCACAUUCUACAAACGCUCGGUUGUCCACUUCCGCACUCUAUUCACCCUGCUCUGUUCUCUACCCUCUAAUCGCCUUGCUGCCAAGAUCGAGAUGCUCAAAGCCGCGCCGCAGAAGCGCAGCACCAUCUCGCAGCCGUCGUUCCCUUCGCUGGCUGCGCGACAGGAUAUGGGCGCACACGAUGCAGAGAUGACCAUUGGCUGUCGGCUCAGCAUGCUUCUCGGCUCGCACCAAGAACAGACCCCAUCCGAGGAGAUCAGCGUCACACAUGCUUUGUCGGCGGAGCGAGACUUGGAAGCAAACGACACCCAGGCCGAUGACACCAACUCGCGCGCGCACUAUGCCACUCGCACGCUUGCUGCCAUCGUCACGCCUAUUGGUCAUCUCGAGCUCUCUGUUGUGUAUCGCAAGUUCACCGACUAUCUCAUCGAAGAUGCAGGCAGCCUACACGGCGCAAACGACAUCAAAAUCGAUCUCGAUGAGGACUACUUUAGAGCUCCUCAGACUUCCGAGGCAAGGAACCUGUACCGGCCAGAACGAGAUGUUACAUCACCGCCAACUGUUGCAGCCGGCCCCGCAUCCGAACCAAUCGCAGACGCUAUUCAGAAUGGCGACCAGCAGCGCGCCGGUCAACAACGCAUGGGCGGCAUUUCGGCGGCUAGACCUGCAGUCCUGGUGGCUCAAAGAAGCUCGCCGGACAGUGCAACAGGAGCGGACGGGCUCACCUCACAAUCACCGGCCAACCCAAGCGUCUUCAGCACAAGCGCACCAGGACGCCAUUCUGCCGGCCUUUCGAGUCUGAGAAGGACAGGCUCGACCAAAAGCAACUUGUCGCUCAUGGGCCCGCCCAGCUCGUCGGGUGUGCCUUCCAGCCCGGCCUUGGCGGCUGCGCUCAGUGCGGAACCUGCCUUCAUGGUACCAAGCUCCGUGCGCAGACCGAGUACGAGCGAGAGACGGCUUCAAUCCAUCAGUGGUCUCUCGAGUGGGCGUCCAAGCCCGCCUGUGUCUCCCUCUGCUGCCUCAUUUGACCUGCCAGAGGUCAGCGCUAGUGUGCCACGUAGCGCCUCAGCAGCCUUUCCGUACAACAUGACGGGGCGAUCCAUCUCGACUCGAACCACGAGCGGUUUCGCUGCCUCCACGUCUGGCACCAUGGGGCCACCGUCAUCCACGCAGCCAAGACCCAGCGUCUCCUUUAGCCCCUCGUCGCCGUCCCCACUGGCGCAGCAAAUGUCACUGCAAGGAUCAAGGGCCUUCGGCGGCACAAGCUUGGCACCUACAACAUCCCAAUCAACGUCUUCCUUUCGCAGCGUAUCUGGCUCCGGUCUGCGUUCGUCCAUGUCAGGUACCGGUGUUCUACUCGGUCCAAGCUUACGUAGCGUAUUCCAAAACUACGUUCCUCGUUCGCAAACUGCGUCGAUUGCGGCGAUAUCAAGGACACCUCCGACGUCGACGAGCGCUGGCACACAUGGUAGCUUCUCGCCGUCGAAUCUGGGCACAGGUGCUCGGAGCACCAGCAUCCGCAGAAACUCGAGCACCAGCGACGCUGGAUCUAGUUCCGCGUUUGGAGCCAGCUUGACUUCGUCGUCGGCCGCCGCCAAGCCACAGAUGAUCAAACGGUACAGCACCAACUUUGCGUAUCGCCAGAACCGUGAGCGAGGUGGGAUCUACGGUAGCAGCCUUGGUUCGGAAGGGUCAGGCUCUCUGGGAGCUGGUGCCGAGUCAUCGAGCUAUCCGCGCUUCAGUGGAGCUGGUGGAAGCUUGAGUUCGGUAUCUGGUCGCAGCUGGAUUUCACGGAUGGAGCAGCGGCAGGGGCUUGGAACGGGAGGAGCUUUCGCGAGGACGUCGAGUCUAGACGAUGCCACAGCUGCAGCAAGCGCGUCAUCCGCAUCGAGGUAUCGACCUACGUCGGCAGCUGCGGCGACGCAGCUGGGCGGUGGCCUCACGCCGAGUCCGAGAAGCCACGAGGACGACAUGGACGAUCUGACACGCCUCUUGGAGACUCGACCUGCUUUCGGUGCAUCAUCCAUCGGCAAGCUGACGAGCCUCAGGCACGAGCGCCGGAACGCACCAGGUCUCAGCAGUACUCCCGAGGAAGGAGGCGCUUCACCUGCUGCAGGGCAUGGAUCCGACGCUUUGACGGACUCGGUUCAAUCGAACCUGGGGCAAGAUCGACCAUCGCCGUUAUCUGGGAGCAGCUUGCGCUCAGGCAGCGGUCUGCGUACGGCGAAUCCUAUGUCACGCAGCCAGCUCGAUGAUCUUCUCAAUCGCAUGGCCGAGUCGGUUGGUAUUAUGGGUGCAAAGGAGCAAGGCUCGACGACGAGUGCUGAAGCCUCUUCCGAUACAGUUCCGAGCGAUGUACGAGCACCCAGUGGCUCCUAUGCACUAGCUACGCCACUGCAGCCAGCUUCGCGCCCUCUCACGCCUGCGCAGGUUUCGGCAACGCUAGGGAAGGGGCGAGGCAGCACGGGCAAAGUCGCUGAAAAAACGGCUGAUAGUGACGAGGGUCAGCUCUCGAGUCCAGCGACGUUUGCGCGCGCUUUGCCAAGCGAGGCAGGCAUGCGACCUCGCUCUGCCGUCGGCUAUCAGGUUCGCGCAUACGGAACUGCAGCAGUUGAGCGCACAGCCAGCGACUCUGCGGCAAUGGUUGCAACAGAGAGAGCUCCACGUGAUUUGACGGCUGCCAAUGUGCAAGCGAAUGUGGGUUCCGCUGCCGCCGCCGCCGCCGUAGCAGCAGCAGCAGCAGCUCAUGCAUCGUCUCCGACAGCAUCCGUCGAGCAGGCUUCGAUGCCAGACUACGAAGCCGAGGGCGAUCUUAUGUUCAAGGUGGACGGUCAGCAGGACUACGACCCGGAAGACGAGCUACCCGGCGAGAUGGAGAUGAUGCCGGAAGAGCGAGGAGGUGCUAUUGCUGCUUUGCGAGUGGGCGAUACUGCAGCGACGGCAUUCGGUGGAGGCGUAGAGGGUGGAAUGGGAGCGACGCUGCCUGUGGGAGCGCAUCGCGAUAGUCGCGCGCACGAUUGGCACGCUUCAGAUCGAUGGGAGCGGGCUCGUGCCCAAGAAGCGGAACGACGAAGAGUCGAUGCAGAGAUGUCGCGCACUUUUGGACAAGAGGUGGGAGCCAGCACACGUGGAAGAGGCUCACAUAGUCCAUGGCGCGGUGUCAACAAUGGUUCCACUUCUCAGCAGCCGCAACAAGCCACUGUGCCUAGCACUUCCUCAGGAGCAAAUCCUGUCGGCUUUAGAUCAAGCUCCACGCGACCUUUUGCUGGGGGCAACAGGCUGGUCGGCGGUGUUGGCGUUGGAACGUCUGGUCUGAGUCCGAGUAGUGGUGCCAGCAUGAAUGCCACAACCGCAGACGGCCGACGAGGAUACGGCGUAAGUGCCCCCUCUACUCACUUCCACUACCAGCCAAGGAUGGCGGCCAAGUCAGGCGCACAGUCGUACCCGGCCUCGAGGGAUGAAUUGUACGACGAUGACGAAGAUGCGGAAGAGGAAGACGAUUGA